AAUAUUAUGGCAGAAAUAAAGGCAAACUUGCUGGACAGGUACCUCAUGGUUAUUUCUACUUUGUGGCAUUGCCAUUAUUUCUAGUGACAUGAUUUCCAAUCAUUUUGGGGGUUGCCUCAUUGAUUCUGGAACCCUAAGGUACCUGCCAACCCCUUGAAAAAUCCUGGAUGCACCCCUGGCAAUAUUUAUUUAGUACAUACUUAAUCUAGUGUAUUUGUUAAUUAGUAUGUAUUUUGUGUUGAGGUACUUGUCACCUGAAGAGGAGAAGUUCUUCAGCCCUAAUGAACACUCUGUAUUGUACAAUGCUAUGAUCCAUCCUCUCCUUAACAUGACCAUAUAUGGUGCAAUUUGGUAUCAAGGGGAAGCUAAUUCUCAUGAACCAUAUACAUACAACUGUACAUUUCCAGCCAUGAUUGAUGAUUGGCGAUCCAAGUGGUUUCAUGGCACAGAUGAACUCACAGCACCUGACUAUCCUUUUGGAUUUGUACAGUUGUCUGCCACUGGAAAUGAUUCAGUUGUUGCAGAUGGGUUUCCUGUUAUUCGCUGGGCUCAGACAGCCAACUAUGGUUAUGUUCCUAACCUCCGAGAACAAAAUGUGUUUAUGGCUGUUGCCAUGGAUUUGGGAAAUGCAUCAGCGCCAUAUGGCAGUAUUCACCCAAAUGAUAAACAAGAUGUCGGUUUCCGUUUGGCGCUUGCUGGACGAGCAGUUGCUUAUGGAGACAUUGAUGUAUAUUAUUCUGGGCCAAUUGUUUCUGAUGUCAUAUUUACUUCGGUGGCUAAUACAACAACUUGGAACACUACUGUGAAAUAUCAGCAUGAGAGUGUAGGUAAAGGAGGCAUUCAACUGAGAUCAGGACACGGAUUUGAGUACUACUGCACAUCGCUUGAACACGAGACACAAUCCAUGAUCACACAGGCCAAGAUUCUCUCGCGAGACUUCAACUCUGUAGGUUUGACUGGAGAAUGCCCUGCUCAGCAUGUUCUGAAAGGAUUGAGGUACGCGUGGUACACAAAGCCUUGUGAAUUCAAGAAAUGUGCUGUUUAUAGCAACGAGAAUGAGCUUCCAGGACCUCCGUUCACGUGGAAUGCACCGGUCAACUGAGUUACACAAGGAGUGCGCAAGAUCAGUGUCGAUGGUGAUUUUUGUUUAAUUGAAUGUAAACUUUUCUAGGACGGUUAUUAGGUGAGAAAAGAGACUUUUUAAUCUAUGUUUUCAGUGACGAACAACUGCACCAUUGUUACGAUCCAAGAUCAAGACAAGCAAAACAACACAGUUUACAUAAUUGUAGAUUAUUAGUAUAUAGCUGCACUGGUAUCUUUGAAAGAAUAAAUAAUCUCCAAGAAGUUAUCAAGUAAACGACUGUAAUAUAGUCGAUAAAAGUGCCGUUUUUUGUCACUGACUUGUAUAUUCUAGCAAGACGUUGACGUCGACUAUGUCAUCUCUUGACUACAUUUACUCAAUUUUUAAACAAACGUCUGUAAUUCCUGUUUUAAUGUAGUAUACUUAGUGCAAACUAUCAAAUUACACAUAACUACAAUGCAAUAUACAAGAGAACAGAAAGAAAUUAACCCAUAAUCCCUAGGAAACCCCUUCAGCUUCGAGAGUCGAUUGAUCAUCCUGAAGUUGAUUUCAGAUCUGAAGAACAUACUGGGCAGCUUUCUGUCUCUCCCUAGCCCUACUUGCGGGUUCAGGUUAUAAUGUGGGCUGCAAUGGGACGCCUGACACGAGGCCAAAACUCGCGCGUGCUUAUUACGUUUUUCCUAAUCGAGUGUGAAGGGAAUCCUUGUACUGUGUUCUUGAUCUUAGAACUUCUUGCCACUAACCACUGUCUUUCACCCGUUUUGAGUGUUAAGUGCAUAGCUCGACAUGCUAUGUAACCUGGCCUACGUCAAAAAUGUAAGCACAACUGACUUCUUUAUGGUCGAACUCGA